GCGGUGGAAUAAGGAGAGGCUUUGGCUUAUUGAGAAGAAGCCCGAGCAGCCGAGAGAUGAGCCCCCGUAAAGACGGAGAGAAAGAGUAGAAGAAGAAGAAGAAGAAGAAGAAGAAGAAGAGGGAAGGAGGAGAGACUCGAGGCGAUGGCGGGGAAAGUAGCGAGAAGUCCAAACACAAAGCCCGAUGAGGAGGAUGAGGGAUGGGGAGAGGCGUUCUGCCGCGCCGACAGCACCUGGCCCGCGAACAAAAACCACGGGCUCGUGUAGACGCGGAGGUAGGGAGGGAUGAACAGCACCCUGAGGCCUGCACACACACACACACACACACACACACACACCCUCCUCACCCUUUCCUCCCCUGCGAGCCGCGGGCUGAGACGAUGGAGCGGAGAAGUUGAGAAGCAGACAUGAAGAUGAGGAUGAAGAUGAGGAGUCAGUGUUUUGAGGUCCGGCUCAGACGCAGCGCUGGCACAGGAGGUAGUUUCCGGUCCGGGCUGACUGCUGGCCCCCCGGGUCCAAACCUGCGCUGUGACACACACUCACGUUCCUGUGAGAAGAAGCCAGAGAGCCGCACAGAGCCGCACAGAGCCGCACACAGCCCGGGGACGCGGGACUCUGCAGCCAGCACAAAGAGGAAGAGGAGUGGAGCAGACGCUCUCAGAGCAGCACUGGGCUUUGACUUUAAAGAGUUAAAGUCUAACCCGCCCGCCUGGCACUGCCAGUGCAGCAGAAGAAGUGCCCACCACUUGGCGACAACUCGAGAAGUGCCAAAAAGAGAACUGGAUUCAUAUUUUACACACUUAACGUUAAUUGGCGUGAUUUUCACCUGCUUCCUGAGGACCGGGACGCGCGCUGUCCAGGCUGGCCGGAGAGUGGACACGGGCACUGAGUGACCAUCAGGAGGUGACCGCCGACCUCCCGCGACUCAGCGCGAAUCUCCUCUCCUCUCCUCUCCUCUCCUCUCCUCCACCCCUUCGCCGCUCUCCGCUCUCCAGUGACACAUGGUGUGAAAGCGGCGGAAGGCAGAGCCGGACUACCCGCCUCCCUCACCGCCACCGCCGCGACUGAAGAAGCGAGGCGCGCAUCCACUUUGGCAGCGAACUCCGACCGAGCUCUCGGCCGCCCGGCGCUGCGCCACGGCCGGUCACAGCGGAGCGCAGGAGCCUCCGCCGCUGCAGGGAGAUCCGUUGCGCGGGGGUCAGUUCGAGGGCCACAUUAGGGGCCAGUUCAGAGCGGUCAGUUUGGAGUGGUCAGCGAGCAGCUGGUUUUGGGGCCAGUGAGUAUACAGGAGCACCGGGAGGAGGAGGAGGAGGAGAGCCGACCCGUCCAGCGCCGCUCUCCGGGCGAUGCCAGUGUAAAUGCCAGGGCGAUGUCCCGACGCAAGCAGGGGAACCCGCAGCACCUGUCCCAGAGAGAAAUAACACCGGAGAUCGACCAUCCAGAUGGCCGCCUGCUCUCCGACACCCUACCCCACCCGCUCAGCCUGCCCUCCCACCCGCUCAGUCUACCACCCCACCCGUUGGACCCAAGUUUGGCCCACACCCUGCCGCCCGGCCUCCAUGUUGAUCACGACCUGCUGACCUGCGGCCAGUGUCAGAUGACCCUCCCGUUGGGUGACAUCCUCCUCUUCAUUGAGCACAAAAAGAAGCAGUGCCAGUUGCCGCUGCUCGCCAAUGGCUGCUACGACAAGAUGGCCGACAGGGGAGGAGGUGGAGGGAGUCCGACUCUGCAGAGCCUGCACCACCACACGCAGCGUGGGGAGCUGAGGAAGGUGGUGGAGCCGGUGGAGAUUGGCAUCCAGGUGACGCCGGAGGAGGAGGAUGUGGGAGGGCGUGAGAGGGGAGAGAGGAUCCCCACCAAAGGAAUUUGCCCCAAGCAGGAAAACACAGCGGCAGGUGGCAGGGAUGAGCCUUCCAGUUAUAUAUGCACCACAUGUAAGCAGCCCUUCCCCAGUGCCUGGUUCCUGCUGCAGCAUGCCCAAAACACCCAUGGCAUUCGCAUAUACCUGGAGUCCAACCCCUCCAGCACAGCCCUCACUCCACGCAUCACUAUGCCUCCACCCAUGGGCAAUGACUCCAUCCCACAGUCCCCCCUCACCAACUUUCUCGGCGACAACAACCCCUUCCACCUCCUGAGGAUGACGGGCCCCCUUCUCCGGGAGCCUCCUCCAGGCUUCAUGGAGAACCGCCUCCCCAACACACCUCCGUUUGUCAGCCCGCCUCCCCGCCACCACCUGGACCCUCAUCGGCUGGAACGCCUUAGCGCAGAGGAAAUGGGCCUCAUCUCCCAGCACCCCAGUGCCUUUGAGAGGGUGAUGCGGCUAACGCCCAUGGCCAUGGAGUCCCAGUCCAUGGACUUCUCCAGGCGGUUACGUGAGUUGGCAGGGAACAAUAACAGCACCACACCACCACUGUCACCCAGCAGGGCCAACCCUAUGCAUCGACUACUGAACACCAACCCCUUUCAACCUGGGCCAAAAUCACCUUUUCUGAGCACCCCCCCCUUACCGCCAAUGCCCCCAAAUAGCACCACCCCACCCCAGACACAGAACAAGGUCAAGUCCUGUGAGUUCUGUGGUAAGACCUUCAAGUUCCAGAGCAACUUGGUGGUGCAUCGGCGCAGCCAUACUGGAGAAAAACCAUAUAAGUGCCAACUGUGUGACCACGCCUGCUCUCAGGCGAGUAAGCUGAAGCGCCACAUGAAGACCCACAUGCACAAGGCAGGAUCCCUGACGGGGCGCUCAGAUGAUGGACUGUCCACUACAAGCUCCCCAGAGCCAGGCACCAGUGAUGUCACAGGUGAGGGCAUGAAGAAUCGGGACGGGGACUUCCAUGGGGAAGGCAAUGAGGAGGAAGAAGAGGAGGAGGAAGAAGAAGAACUUGAGAAUGAGAGUCGACCAGAAUCCAACUUCAGCAUGGAAUCUGAGUUCUACCGCAACAGGGAGAAUGGCUCCAAACUGCCCUCAGAGGAGAAGUCAUCAUUUGCCCUGGAGAAGAUGGUAGAAGGCGGGGCACUCAACUCUAUACAGCAGUACAAUAAUUUGAUAGUUGACAAUCGUAAAAGGAUGCCAUUUUCCAAAAGAUGCUUGGAUGGCCAGCGGGACGUGAGGGAUGAGGACUCAGUGGUUGGGGAGAUGGAGCACCACCAGCAGGAAGAGAGGACAACCAUUAACGGGCGAAACUGUGGCUCUGGUGACUCUUUCUCGGGCCUGUUUCCCCGUAAGCCCACUCCCAUCACCAGUCCCAGUUUGUCUAACUCCUCAAACAAGAGGAUCAAGAUUGAGAAGGACUUGGACAUUCCCCCGGCACCCCACAUCCCCUCUGAGAACGUAUACUCCCAGUGGUUGGUGGGCUAUGCUGCCUCACGCCACUUCAUCAAAGACCCUUUCCUCGGCUUCACUGACUCCAGACAAUCGCCGUUUGCCACCUCCUCUGAGCACUCGUCCGAGAAUGGCAGCCUGCGGUUCUCAACGCCUCCGGGUGACCUGCUGGAUGGUGGCCUUUCCGGCCGCAGUGGCACCGCCAGUGGAGGCAGCACACCUCAUUGUGGAGGCCCUGGCCGACCCAGCUCCAAGGACAGCAGGAGGUGCGACACCUGCGAAUACUGCGGCAAGGUGUUUAAGAACUGUAGCAACCUGACGGUGCACAGGCGCAGCCACACUGGCGAGAGGCCAUACAAAUGUGAGUUGUGCAACUAUGCCUGUGCCCAGAGCUCUAAGCUCACGCGCCACAUGAAAACACAUGGCCAGCAUGGUAAGGAGGUCUACCGCUGUGACAUUUGCCAAAUGCCCUUCAGCGUGUACAGCACUCUAGAGAAACAUAUGAAAAAGUGGCAUGGGGAACAUUUGAUGACCAAUGAGGUAAAAAUUGAACAAGCAGAGAGAACCUAAUCCAGGUUCGGUUUUCGUACUCUGCGCCACACUUUGACUUAAAAAAACAAAACAAAAACAAAAAGGGUUAGCUGGAUAUACUUUUCUGAAAUAUUAUUUUUGGGUUUAUUUUGUGUUUUUAGGUAACUGCCAAUUGAGAAAAAGUGAAAGCAGAGAUCUUAACACCAAUUGAAGCUGUCUAAACUGCCUCAUUUGGGGGUUCCUUUUAAAACAAUCAGUCAGUUGAGUUAUAACAUAUGUGGAGCCUUUAACUGUGCAAUAAUUUCUGUAUUUAUUGUAUUUUGUAUUUUGGCAUGUGUAGGUACAAUUUUGUUUAGGCAUUUUUUAAAAAUUGUUUGACUUUUAUUUGGCGUUACUCUGUGUUUUAAAACCCACAUGAUAUCCAGAUAGUUUUUUUUAGCAAGAUAAAAGUCAAUUUUGAGUAAACAUUUUUGGCCGCUGCUUGUAGAAAAGUGUAUAUUAAGCUAAACGUGUGAUUUGUUGAAGAGAAGCUGAAUUCAAUCUUUAAUUUGAAAGUGGCGUUAACUGAGAAUGCUAGAAUUAUUUUGUGUGAUGACGAUACGCGGACAACAAUCCUUUGGCAUUGUAGCAUUAACUGACUCUAAAACAUGUCAAUAUAAUUGGAUAUGUAGCACUGAGUGUCAUAUUUGACAGUAAAUCUAAAAUCAAAGAGGAUCCCAAGGUUUAUAAACCCUGUCUCCUCCUGAAAACAUUAUAACCAGCCAGAAGAAACAUAUUCUAGAUAAGGCAGCUGCUGACUGGUACAUAGUACCAAGCCCCGACAACGCUAUGACAACCUUCCCUCAUUUCAUUCAUUCAUCCAUGUAUUCUAUUUUGCAUGAAGCCAUAUGAUCCAGGCUAUAUUAUUUAUUAGGAGAAAACUGAGCAGGAAGCCAGGCAAGACGAGUGUGCAUAGAGAUAGAUAGAAGAACAAGACAAGAGAGUGAGCACAGGGACAUCUCAGGGUGAGCUAUACUACUUCUUUUUUACCCAUUCAUUUCUGUUUUCAGAAGCUUUUCAAGCAUUUGCAUUAUGCGUUGAAAUAAUUAGGGACUGUUGUAUCCUCAAAGGCAUCCCUUGCUGCCCCCUGCCCCCCCACCACAGGCUAAUGUUCAGGAUUAAUCCUCCUUUUAGUUAUUAUACACAUUUUUCACUGCUUCUAAUUAUAACAAUUAGUUAAGAGAGGGCUAAAUGUAUGUGCAUACAUGGCAGGUGCUGCUACUUUAACUAGAUAGAAGAUUUUAAUGCUAAAAAAUGUAUAAAAUUUAACACCCCUAUGCAUUUUUUUGUGCAAAAAUAUCCACCAAUUUGUUGAAAAAGUGGUCCAGUAAUUUGAGACUUUUAUUGUUAUAGUGAAAAAGUUACACAUUGAUUACUGAAGUCACCUCUCCAGGAACAGGAAAUCGUCAUAGUUUCAGUUAGUUUGAGGCAUGUUUUGUGUGGAGGAGGAAAAAUGUACCAGUGUUUGCUGUCAGACAAGCAGCAGCUGGUUUCUCAUGCCCCUUCGUUAAACGUAUCAUGACCCAAGGUUUUGUUUUGGCCCCAUCUACCUUCAUAGUGGCACUUUUUUUUUUUUAUUGUUGAAUCAGAUCCAAUUUGAAUGCUGUCAACGUACAAAUUCAGAGCUCUUAACAGACCCGCACUUUAAGACUUUUCCAUCCGACACACACACACACAACAGAGCUGUGAAGAAAAGGUACUAAAGGGUCUAGAGCUUGGGAUCUCCUGACACUGAAGUGCCCAAGGUUGUUAGGCGAGGCGUUCCCAAUGCUGGCACUAUAGAAUUGAAUAAAAAAACAAAAAAAAUGUUUUAAUUGGGACAGUUUUUGUACUGCCAUUCAAUCUGACAUGAGUGUGCCUUGAAUAAUGAUCUUCCUAUUUAUUGUCUCAGACAAAUGCAACACUUUUUAUGAAGCAUUAAAUUGAACAAGGAAAAAAAAUGUAAAAUUGUGUCAUCUUUAACAUUUGAAUUAUUUAAAUUAAUACAAAUGAAAUAAUGCUGAGUUUAGGAGUACCCAGCACAAUAUCAAUGUGUCUGUGUGUGUAUAUAUGUGUGCAUAUGUACAUAUAAAGGCACAAACCUAUAUAUAGAUAUAUAUCAAAUUCCUCACUCAUAAGAACAAGAUUCUGUCCCUCAACAGAAAAUUCUAGGAGUGGACAAAAGCCUCACAAAACGUCAAGGACUCAACAAAAAUCAGGAAAUGCAACUUAAAAAAAAAGAAUUUAGUGCACUCUGUCUUAAAAUAAGUUUACAGUAUUGAAACAAGUACAAGGGUAAAUAAUAUUUGUGUGUAUGUGUGUUUUAAACAGAUGAGUAUUUUUUUUUUCCAGGUUUGCUUCUGAAGUUUCAAUGAAUGCCGUAGUGGCAAUGUGUAUAUUGUUUCUAUUCUUUAUUUUCAUUUUUUUUAAUUCUUUUUUUUUUUUGGUGACGGGGUUUUAGUAUAUAUAUAAAUAUAUAUGAAUAUAUAUUACAUUUUUCUUGUUUACUGUAAAAGUAUACCAGUAUUUGUAAUAUUGUAAAAUGCCUGGGCAUUUUACAAAAAUAGAAUCUUUUUUAAUUUUCAUUUUGCAGUCAGAUUUCAAUUGUGGGUCUCUUAAAAUGUUUUUGUCACUGUAACUGUAAAAGUCUUAAGUUUUAGUAACUUUUAUUCUGCCUUGGGUGUAAUGAAAUAAAAAAUAAACACAUUAAAAAUGACUGAGCUGUAACAAACUUGGAUUUGGUGGUGGGAUGGCUGUCGGGGUGGGGGUGGUUAGACUGGUGCUCCAUUAGCAGAUGGAGGUUUUCUCCCUUAGAAACAACAGAACGCUGGUUCUGCUUUUUAGGAAAAAAAACACACCGAGAAUCCUGACUUGUAUCUAUUUUUCUUCUUCUGGAAUGGAUUAUUCUUCUUGGAUGGUUUGAAAUACAUGUUUAGGCACUCGCUGUCUUGAGGAGCUUGUCUUUUUUAAAUUGUAGGCUUUAGCAUUCUUUUGUGAAAAUGGUACCUCCGGAUGUCUUGCUCUUAUAUCGGUUGCAGGGGGAAGGGGGGACUUCAUUCCAGCGACAAGACACAAACUCACAGGCUGCCACAAUGUAUUUUUCCUCUCAUGGGGCAGUACAAGUAUCAUGAUGAAUUUGUACUUUGUAAUGAAUCACAUUGUACAGAAGGGAAUCAAAAGAUUGUUCUAUGGCCUUUUAAUGACAAAUCUAAAGUUGAUGUUUUGUUUACCGCUCCAUUGGUUGUACAUAGUUUUCUAUCACUGCCUUGUUUUCAUUUUGUUCGACUUUUUUUCUGAUUUGUUUGUGAUUUCUUACUCGCACUGGCAGUAACUUCCUGUGUUUAGGG